AUGGACCGUCUCGCCUUCAAGAGCACAUCAAAACGCUCCGCCGACGAAAUGAUCGAGCAGGUCGAGGCUCUAGGUGGCAACAUCCAGUGCGCAAGCCCGCGAGAGGCCAUGAUGUAUCAGGCCGCCACGUUUAACGCCGCUGUCCCGACCACCAUUGCUUUGUUGGCCGAGACGAUCCGUGACCCCCUGUUGACCGAAGAGGAGGUGCAAGAACAGCUCGGCACAGCCGCCUACGAGAUAAAGGAGAUCUGGAGCAAGCCUGACCUCAUUCUUCCCGAGCUCGUCCACACGGCUGCAUUCAAGGACAAUACCCUCGGCAACCCCCUCCUGUGCCCUGAGGAGCAGCUGCCCUACAUCAACGGGUCAACGAUCCGCGCCUACCGUGACGCCUUCUACCGCCCAGAACGCAUGGUGGUCGCCUUUGCCGGUGUUGAGCACAACGAGGCCGUCCAGCUGGCGACACAGUACUUUGGUGACAUGGUCUCCAGCGACAAGCCAGCAGCGGCCUUCACCCGCUCCGGUUCCGAAACGUCCGAGGCGAGCACCGACUCAUCCUGGUCCGCCCCCUCCUCCACCUCCUCUUCCCCGGCGCAGAAGCCCUCGAGCCUGCUGUCGAAGGUGCCCUUCUUUAAGAACCUCUCCACAUCUGCUCCGUCUCAGGCCGCCGUCGCCGCCGACGCAUCGUCCACCGACAUUUUCCGCCCCUCUCACUACACUGGCGGCUUCAUGGCGCUGCCCCCGCAGCCGCCUUCGCUGAACCCCGCGGCGCCGAACUUUACGCAUAUCCACCUCGCCUUCGAAGGUCUCCCCAUCUCUUCGGAUGACAUUUACGCCCUCGCCACGCUGCAGACCCUCCUCGGCGGCGGCGGCUCCUUCUCGGCCGGCGGUCCGGGCAAGGGCAUGUACUCGCGGCUGUACACCAACGUGCUCAACCAGCACGGCUGGGUCGAGUCGUGCGUCGCCUUCAACCACUCGUACACCGACUCGGGCCUCUUUGGCAUCUCCGCCGCGUGCCUGCCGGGCCGCGCGGGCGCCAUGCUCGACGUCAUGUGCCGCGAGCUGCGCGCCCUGACGCUCGAGCCGGGCCACGCCUCGUCGGCGCUGCGGUCUGUCGAGGUUCAGCGGGCCAAGAACCAGCUGCGCAGCAGCCUGCUCAUGAACCUUGAGAGCCGUAUGGUCGAGCUCGAGGACCUCGGCAGGCAGGUCCAGGUCCACGGCCGCAAGGUCCCCGUCGGCGACAUGUGCCGCAAGAUCGAGGCUCUGACCGUUGACGACCUGAGGCGCGUCGCCAAGCUCGUCGUCGGCGGCAUGGUAGAGAACCCCGGCAGGGGCAGCGGCGCGCCCACCGUCGUGCUGCAGGAGGCCCAGGCGCACGGCGUCAGCACGCACUCGCUGACGUGGGAGUCGAUUCAGAACACCGUCUACGGGUGGCAGCUGGGCCGGAGGUGA